UAUGUUCAUCCUUUUCCUCACUUCUCUGAUGUAUCUCGUCUUGAUAACAACUAAUUCCCUGGAAUGGACACAGAAGGGCCAACCAGAGCUUUGAGGUCAUCAUCUCCAGCGGAAUUGAUUCUUCAGCAGAAGAGCGGAGCUUUGCAAGGUCUUCCGCAACUGAACAGUAACGAUGGAGGGAUUCUAUCUCAACUGCUGAGCAACCCUUUCUUCACGGCAGGAUUCGGCCUAGCUGGUCUAGGUACUGCUGCUGCACUCGCGCAAAGAGGACUCAAACAUGGCGCCGCUCUCAUCCGUCGGCGUAUGCUCGUCGAUGUCGAAAUCAACAUCAAAGAUGAUUCAUACCCAUGGUUCUUACACUGGAUGACCUUAUACCAACAAUCGCAGCUCAACGGUGCUCGCUCUGCGGCAACGAAAAGUGGUGAGAAAGUGGGGAUAAUAGAAACAUUACUUCGAAAAGUUACUCCGGGGAUGCGACAGCUCUCAAUCCAGACGCAAAAAGUCGAACAUGCGAACGGUGCCAUUCAUACGCAAUUUACACUAAUACCGGGUCCGGGAAGGCAUGUGCUACGGUAUAAGAAUGCUUUUGUCUUUGUCAAUCGGGUGCGAGAGUCUUCGUCACGGGACCUUCAAUCAGGUCGACCGUGGGAGACGGUUACGCUUACAACGUUAUAUGCGCAUCGACAUAUAUUUGAAGAAAUGUUUACUGAAGCACAUGCCGUGGCUGCCAAAUCUCAUGAGGGGAAGACACGGAUAUAUAACAGCUGGGGCGCGGAAUGGCAACAAUUCGGGCAUCCUCGACGGAAGCGACCGCUGGAGUCAGUGAUAUUAGAUCAAGGCAUUAAAGAAAAAAUCGUACAGGAUGUGAAGGACUUUCUUGAAAGUGGCAGCUGGUAUUACGAUCGUGGAAUUCCUUACCGCAGAGGCUAUCUCCUGCAUGGACCUCCUGGCAGCGGUAAGAGUUCGUUCAUUCAGGCAUUGGCAGGAGAACUCGACUACGAUAUCGCAAUUCUGAACUUGAGUGAACGCGGUCUCACGGAUGAUCGACUCAACCAUCUAUUGACUAUCAUACCAAACCGGACAUUAGUUCUGCUCGAGGAUGUUGACGCAGCCUUUUCCAAUCGUCGAGUUCAGACGGACGAAGAUGGAUACAGAGGCGCCAAUGUAACAUUCUCUGGGCUCUUGAAUGCGCUUGACGGAGUUGCAAGUGCGGAAGAACGCAUUAUAUUCCUGACCACGAAUCACGUUGAUCGACUUGAUGAAGCAUUGGUUAGACCAGGUCGCGUCGACAUGACCGUCCGACUAGGAGAGGCUACUCGGUAUCAGGUUGCGGCAUUAUGGGAUCGGUUCUACAGAGAAUUUGAUCCUAAUGGUGUCUACAAGGAGAGAUUCUUGGACCGUCUUGUCGAAUUUGGACUCAUCGAGGACAGGAAUGGAAACAAAUUGGACAUGUCCAAAACUCUCAGUACUGCUGCCCUUCAGGGCCUUUUUCUGUUCAAUAAGGGGGAUAUGGAAGGUGCCAUCCGAACAGUGAAAGAGCUGGCUGAGUCCUUGUACGAUCAACAGAAAUAAGCACGUCACGGCGGUACUCAUUGUGUAUGUUAUAUGAAACUAAUAUAUCUGUACUAUAGUUGACUGUCUUUUGCAUUCCAACUCUUUUUGUAUAUUGUGUGAUGCAAUCACUAACAUUUCAUCGCAGCUCAGUGGUGUUGAUAUUGAAUCGUGAAUAACACAUUACAGUCAUGCUAUUGGCUAC